UCUAUGCCCCUAUGCCUCCAUGCCUCCAUGCCUCCAUGCCUCCAUGCCCCUCUUGCUCUCCUCUGGUCAUGGCUGUUGGAUUUGAUUUACUUUUUUAUUUUUAUUUUUCAACCCGCUUGAAGGAAUCACGCGUCUCACCCAAUUGGCUCACAUUGCUUUUUUCAUUUCCUUUUUUUUCUUCCUUUUCUUUUGCCUAUCCCAAAGUUUUUUUUUCCCAGCGAGAAUGGAAAAUAAGAGAAAAAACCAACCGUUUCAACCUCAUCUGUUUUUUUCUUUCAGUUCGGCUCGAUUCAUUCAUUCAUUCAUUUUUUUUUGCUUCCUUCUUAUAUAUAUUUUUUGGUGCUAAAAAGAAGCCUUAUAUA